AAGGCCUUUUGUAUAAGUUCCUUCAGUCUUCAUUACAAAAUUUAUGAUACCAUUACCAGUUACAAAACCCACCAAAGUGAACACCAAAACUUCCUCAAACCAAACCAAAUCUUGUCGUAUUUCCAAACAUGACCAUUAAGCUUCACAUAGCCAUGUACCCCUGGUUCGCCAUGGGCCAUCUCACCUCCUUCCUCCACAUCUCCAACAAGCUGGCCGAGAGAGGCCACAGAAUCUCCUUCUUCAUCCCCACCGAGACGCAGCCCAAAUUGUCGUCGUUCAAUCUCCAUCCUCAUCUCAUCUCCUUCCUCCCCAUCGACGUCCCUCACGUCCCCGGCCUCCCUCCCACCGCUGAAACCACAAACGACAUCCCCUACGCUCUCUUCUCCCUCCUCAUGACCGCCAUGGACCUCACAAGACCCGCCAUUGAAGCCUCCCUCGUACAACUCAAACCCCAUUUCGUCUUCUUCGAUUUCACCCACUGGUUGCCGCAAUCCGCCCGUCGGAUCGGGAAUAUCAAGACCCUUCUUUACUGCACGAUCAGCCCGGCGGCUGUCGGGUAUUUGAUAAGCCCGGAAAGGGAAUUGAAUGAGAAAAGCUUGAAAGAAUCCGAUUUGUUGGUUCCUCCGAAGAGCUUUCCUUCUUUGUCUUGUAUUAGGCUAAGCGCUCACGAGGCGCGCGGGCUUGUAAAGGAGACGGUGAAGGAGCUUGGCGCCGGGAUAUCGUUCCUCGAACGACAGUUGAUCGCGUUAAACGACAGUGACGCAAUCGGGUUCAAGACUUCGAGAGAAAUGGAAGGAGUUUACUGUGAUUACAUAGAAAGACAGUUUGGAAAGAAAGUGAUUCUUGCGGGGCCAGUUGUUCCGGAACCUCCAAAUUCAGCCUUGGAAGAAAAAUGGGCUAAUUUUCUUGGUAACUUCGGAUGCAAGAAAGUGAUAUUCUGUGCGUUUGGAAGCGAAUGCGUUUUGGAAAACGAUCAGUUUCAAGAACUAAUUAUUGGUCUUGAGCUCACGGGACUGCCUUUUCUUGUAGCGCUAAAACCGCCAAAAGGGUACGAAAAAAUCGAGUGCGCUUUGCCUGAAGGGUUUGAAGAAAGGGUGAAAGAGAGAGGAAUUGUCCACGGAGGUUGGGUUCAGCAACAGCUGAUUUUGCGGCAUUCUUCGGUAGGGUGUUUCGUGACGCAUUGCGGUUCGGGGUCGUUGUUGGAAGGGUUGAUGAAUGAGUGCCAGUUGGUUCUGGUUCCGAAUGUUGGAGACCAGAUCAUAAAUGCAAGGAUGAUGAGUGGAGAUCUUAGAGUUGGAGUUGAGGUCAAGAGAGGGAAUGAGAGUGGGGCGUUUACAAGAGAAGGUGUUUGUAAGGCUGUGAAAGAUGUCAUGGAUGAUGAGAGUGAGGUUGGAAAGGAGGUGAGGACGAAUCAUGAUAAAUGGAGGGAGUUUUUGUUGAGCAAAGGGCUUGAGGAUUCUUAUAUUGAUUGUUUUGUUGAGGAAUUACUUGCAAUGAUAAGCUCAUCAUGAUCAUGAUCAUCCAUAAUUCAUGAACUCCUGUUGUUUUGUCUUGAUUUUGUUAUGUUUGCAGUUCUUUGUUAUGAUAUUAAGAUCUACUUCUGCAGAAAGUUGUAAGCUAGUAAUUGGCAGCAAUUUCCCCUUUUGUACCCACUUUUAGUUUCCUAUUGUUUUUAGGAAUUUGAAAAGCUACUAGGAAGAUUAGGCCGCGCAUAUAACCUCCUC